AUGGAAGCUCCCUACACCCUCAGACCCAAGGGUGUAGAAGUUACAAAUCAAUACCUAGAUCAAAAGCUACGAUUCUACGUGACGAAGCAUCAAGAUAACUGGAGUUCCCUGCUGCCCGCCCUCGACUUCGCCCAUAACUCGUCUUGGCACUCUUCCAUCGACAUGGCACCGUUAAAAGUAGCCCUAGGCCGAGAUAUCCGGAACCCCCUGUCACUGCCCCCGACUGACAAGACCGCUGCCACCGGACCCGCCGCCAGAGCUAGGGAACUUGUGCAGACCGCCCAGGAAACCCAGGAAGACGCCAGGAAUGCUGCCACCGCCGCUCAAGAACGUCAGAAGGAACAGGCUAAUAGGAAACGACGACCAACCGACUUUGCCAUCGGUGACCGAGUUUUUCUCAGCAGGAAAGGCUUCGCCACGAACGCUCCGACUACUCGGCUAGAUAACCAAUGGUCAGGUCCGUUCGUAAUCCUGGAAGAACGCGGUCAUAGCUACGCACUGCAGCUGCCCGAGUCGUACAAAAUGAAGAACCUAUUCCACGCCGACCGUCUUCGAAAAGCAGCCGAUAACCCCUUGCCCCAGCAGAUCCAGUCACCUCCGCCACCCGAGGAGAUCAACGGAGAACCCGAGUGGGAGGUUGAUCAAGUCCAGCAGUCUCGAGUAACCGGUAGGAGUCGACGACUGGAAUACCAGGUCUUAUGGAAGGGAUGUGACCCUGAUGAGACCUGGUACCCGGCUAGGAAUUUCCGUAACGCACCAAUGGCAUUGAAGAUUUUCCACGAUGAACAUCCGGACGCAGCAGGCCCACCCGUCAACCUGCAAUACUGGAUCGAAUGUGCUGCAGCGGAGGAGGGCUGCGAGGAACGAGACGAUGACGACACAGCAGAGAAAGCCGUGAAACCAAGAACCCGCCGCCACGACUGA